UUCAAACGACGAUGCCUGGUGGAAGCAUGGAUUUCCUCAAAGACCUCAACGAACCGAAAGUGUAUGAACUGAAAAAGGCAUUCUGUCUGUUUGAUCUCGACGGCGAUGGAAUCAUCAGCGAGCAGGACCUGAAGAACACCUUCCUGACGCUGGGGCUGGAAAAGUCCGAAGCUGAGCUUAUCAAAAUGUUCGACGGUGUGGUGCAACCGCUGAAAUUGGAUGUCUUCCUACUGCUCGUGCUGCAGCGAGCGAACGGCCUUGCACCGAAGGAUGUCAUGGUGAACGCGCUCCGCUUCUGGGACAGAGCCAACACCGGUUUCAUCGAUAAGGAAAAGUUCAAGUUCGACCUCAUGACGUACGGCGAUCGGUUCACGGCAGAGGAAGCGGAGGAUGCCCUGGCGGACGCGAUGGUGACCCGUGGGCCACAGAUAACCCGUGACGGUGAGCUGAUGGAGAAGAUUGACUACAUGGACUUUGCGGAGAACAUUUCCGGCUUCCAGCGAACGGAUCACAAGUGAGAGUUGCUCGGUGACAUCGCGGGUAGAGCGGGGAGAAGCAGGCGGUGAAAAAUAGUACAUUUUUGGUGCCGGUAUUUUUGGAUGUGUAUCAAGCAGGCUGGGGAUGGUUUUCUGUUGUUUUUGUUUCGCCGAGGCAUGGGAACGUGGCAAAUUCAAUCUGUUUCGGUUGGUAUUGGAGAAGAGGGAUACGGGACGGACCAGAAAAAAAGGAACUGUAAUUUUUUCAGGUUUUUGCUUCAGUUUAUGCAGCAGGGAGGGAGGGAAGGAGGGCGACAAGAGGAAAUGGAAAAUUUUAUUCAGAUUGUUUUUGGUGUGGAAAUAAAUAGAACUGCAUUGGAAGGAAGUUUGUACGGUGCCAGAAUGCGAGAUUUGGCAGGCAAUGGAGUGUGAAAUAAUAAGGGAAAGCUAUCUGAUUCAA